CAUCACACUCCCUCUUGUUGUGUUUGGCGAUAUCGAUGAUGAAACGGCAGCUGACAAAAAUCAAUACCGCUUCUACUGGUUCGUCACUCCCAGAGGCCAGAGCCAGAAGUCCCAGUCCUCCUCCUAGCUAGGCGAUGUUGGCGCGCGAGAACAGCUGAUGAUUUCUCACCCACGGCCGAAUUUGCUCUGCCCAGCCACGUAUCCAGAAACAAAAUUAGAGUCGCCGGAGUAGAUUCGACGAGUAAUCGAUCUAGAGGAAGCUAGGGUUGGUGGAAUUGGGGUUUGAGAAAAGGAGGCAAAAAAGGGAAGCUAGAGGCUGUGAGAGACUAUGCAUACCAGGUAUAUGGAAAGGACCAACAGUAUGGCUAGAGGGAAGAGGAACUUGGAAGGAGGAGGAGACGAGGAACAGCAGCCUGAGCGGAAACGCCCAGCUUUAGCUAGUGUCAUUGUUGAAGCUCUAAAGGUGGAUAGUUUGCAGAAGCUCUGCUCUUCUUUGGAACCAAUACUUCGUAGAGUUGUAAGAAUUUCAAUCACUUUGCCUUACGGGCACCACAAACCUGUCAGUGAAGAAGUCGAGCGUGCCUUGGCAAAGCUAGGCCCUCCUAGACUCAAUGGAAGUUCUAGGGUUUCACCAAAACGAAUUGAAGGCCCAGAUGGACGAAAAUUACAGUUGCAGUUUAGGUCCAGAUUGUCUCUUCCUCUUUUCACAGGAGGAAAAGUGGAAGGGGAGCAGGGUGCUGCAAUUCAUGUAAUCUUGCUUGAUGCUAUUACUGGGCAUGUGGUAACAUAUGGAUCUGAAGCAUCCGCAAAACUCGAUGUAGUCGUUCUCGAAGGCGAUUUCAACAAUGAAGAUGACGAAGACUGGACACUGGAAGAAUUUGAAAGCCAUGUGGUCAAAGAGCGUGAAGGAAAGAGACCGUUGUUGACAGGAGAGCUGCAAGUAGUGCUCAAAGAGGGAGUUGGGACACUAGGAGAGCUCACUUUUACUGAUAAUUCCAGCUGGAUCAGAAGCAGGAAGUUCAGGCUUGGCUUAAAAGUUUCCAGUGGAUACUGUGAGAGCAUGCGCAUUCGUGAGGCAAAGACGGAAGCUUUUACGGUUAAGGAUCACAGGGGAGAAUUGUACAAGAAACACUAUCCUCCUGCAUUGAACGAUGAAGUAUGGAGACUGGAGAAAAUUGGCAAGGAUGGAUCAUUUCACAAAAAGCUGAACCAGAAUGGGAUAUUUACAGUUGAAGAUUUUCUACGCCUUGCUGUCAAAGAUGCUCACAAGUUGCGGAACAUACUGGGAAGUGGUAUGUCAAAUAAGAUGUGGGAGGCUCUCUUGGAGCAUGCAAAGACUUGUGUCCUGAGUGGCAAGCUUUAUAUCUACUAUCCUGAAGAUUCCAGGAAUGUUGGUGUUGUAUUUGACAACAUUUAUCAACUGAAUGGCCUAAUUUCUGGCGAACAGUAUUAUCCGGCUGAUUCUCUUUCUGAUGAGCAAAAGGUCUACGUGGAUACAUUAGUGAAGAAGGCAUAUGAAAACUGGAAUCAAGCUGUUGAGUAUGAUGGGAAAUCGCUUCUGAGCUUUAAGCAAACAAAGAGGCCUGCUACUACUUCCCGGAAUGAAGGCCAGAUUGUUCAAACAGGUCAAAUUGAUCAUCAGAUGAAGCACUCUGCAACUGGAGUUUCUGGAUUCAACAAUGACAACACGGGAGCAAGAUACUCGUCUUUGGGGCUCAAUCAACCGAACUCGCAUUCCCAGUUGGACAGCCCAUUGUACAUUCCCCAGUCGCAGGAUCAUCUGCUCCAAACUUGCCAACACUCAGAGGCCACAAAUGGUCAAAACAGCCCGGUCAACGGCCUAGCUCUGCGCCCUCCUCCACAACCCUCCACUUUCCAGGCUCUCACUCCAUCUACGUUUCAGCAUUCUGCUCUGUCUCCAUUAUUUGACGACUGGAGUAGUAGUAGCAGCAACAGAGACAAAGGCGUGGACGAAUUCCUGACGGAGGAAGACAUACGGAUGAGGAGCUCUGAGAUGCUGGAGAAUGAGGACAUGCAGCACCUGCUCCGCCUGUUCAGCAUGGGAGGCGGUCAUGGGUCAGUACCGGAUGAUGCGUUCAGCUUCCCGUACAUGUCUACACCAAUGCCGAGCUACGACGAGGAUCGGAGUCGGACAGGGAAGGCGGCAGUGGUGGGGUGGCUGAAGAUCAAGGCGGCGAUGAGGUGGGGGUUCUUUAUAAGGAAGAAGGCGGCUGAGAGAAGGGCCCAACUGGUUGAGUUGGAUGAUGAGGAGCCGGAAGUGGUGGAGACCAGUUCCCAUGGCGUUGGCGGUGGCGGUGGUUGUGGGUGGAGAGGGAGGAGGUAGUAGAAAGAGUGGAUUAUGGAGUGUUGUGUGAAGGGAAGCAGAAUAAAAUCAAUUAAUCGGAGGUCGAUAAUGCCUGUGUACAGUACUGGUCUACCUGUACAGGAAGGAAGGACGCUGUUGCUUAUUAUCUUUCUCAAUUAAGAAUGACUGACUUUUGUUUGUGUGAAUGGAUGGAUUGGGUGUAGAAUUAUAUAUAUUGGACUCUUGGGAUAGCAGUAGCACACUAUCAUGUACUCUAGCUACUCCUUCCUAGUAGUGACUUUCUUUCGUUUCGUAUGCUGUACUGUACGUGUACGUAUAUAUAUAUGUAUGUAUAUAAAGUAUAAACUAACCAGGAACGACAGUAGAACCAGUUGUGCUGACUGAUGGAGAUGGUUACUUGGGUUUGCUUUACAAUCAAAUGAGCCAUUAGGAGUUAA